UGACCGCUCAAUGACGGUAUCUACUGAUCAAUAUCCACCGUCCGUUGCCACGUUUAACGCGUCUGCUGAUCGGCAGCCCCAUCGGCUGCGAUGGCAUUUUGGGUUAAAGAGAUGCGUACAUGUUAAUGCUCAUUGCGUUGCUUUAACACAGCUUUGAUUUUGUAUGCGUUUUCGAAUCUGCAGAGAAUUUCUACUAUUUUUUUCUUUGUUGGAAAGAUCUUACAAAGUUCUCGUGUUGUUUGUACUGUAAAUUCUUCAUUUUGAAGAAGAUCGAACAUGUCUGUCAAAGAUGGAAGACAGAAAUCAACUGCCGCCAGGCCUUCUUCAAAAGCCGUCAAACCGAAUUCUCCCGUCGGCUUGAAAAGGCAGCCAUGGACGGCCUCAAACGAGCGCAAGGCUUCUCCGUCUACAGACGGUAAAAAGGCUUCCUUGCAAUCUAUUCAAUCUGUUUUAGCCAGAAAUUCUGUCGCGUCGUCAAAAUCUUCGCUCCGAUCGUCCACUAGUUCGUGCCACGACGCAUGCAAAUUUGGCGGUCAUGGAGCUUCAGCAGACUGCAAUGCCGGCGCUAAAUUUGGAAGCAAACCUCCCGCCAGGAUCGCCUCUAAAGUUGGCGCCGCCAAGCUCUCCAAGCCUGCAAUAUCUAAAAUUGCCGUCGUGCAAUCUCCCGUCAGAUCACGGAUUUCUGAUUCUGUUCUCAAGAAAUCCGUCGCGAAGACGCCCCGGGAGAGUCUGAGUUCUGUCAAUGGCCGGGAUCAAAGUUCUGUCAACAGACCUGUUCAGAAUGCUGUUCACAGCCGCGCUCAGACUUCGGUCAGCAGCCGAGCUUCGAAUUCCGUCAGUACCCGUGCUCCAAAUUCUGUCAAUAGCCGGGUUCAGAACUCUGUCAAUAGCCGUGCUCACCAUUCUGUCAACAGCCGUGAGUCCUUUAAGCCAUCCAGAGCGGUUACUAGUACUCCUGAAGGCAAAUUCAAAGUUUCGAGGUCCUUGUUUCGAUCCCCGCCCGUGCCGAAGAAGAUCUUGGGAUCUAAAGUCUCUGAUAAUAAUAAAGAUAGCAUGAAAUGGCAGUCCCCUGUAGCUCGAUCUUUGCUGGCGGCUUUUGAAAGUCCGAGCGGUGAUCUGCUUCUGAGCCAGGCAUUUGAGGAGUACAAUUGCCACAUACUGGACGACCAGGCGGAGGAAGAAUUUUUCCGGCAAUAUUAUUCUCCCACCGAGCCGGAAAAUGCAGCACAUUGUGUGGUAAACAACAGAGUACAUUCUAGCGGAGGGAGUGAAAUUUCGUUUGAAGCAUUUUCCGGCGAUCCGUUUAGCGAGAUCAGUAGUCCGGGAAGCCUGGACGCAUACGCAGAUGACAUGUACAGAGUGAAUAACAGUAAUAAUAGUGCAGCAAAUAUGAAAAUGAGAUUCCGAAGAGAAAGCGGAGGAAUCCGUGACUCCGAGUAUCCAACCCCUGAAACUCAAAAUGUUGUUCUGAGGCGUCAAAACACCCAAGGUAGGAAAGCGUCGGAGGAUUAUUUGAUCGAUCAUGUCAUUGAAGAGGCCGUGAAUAAGCUAAGUCAUCGGGAGGAGAGCAAGGUUAAAGUUCUGGUUGGCGCCUUCGAGACUGUUAUUUCUCUCAGAGAUUCUCAUGAUGCUGCUGCUGCUGAUCAUACCAGGCCUUUACAAACAUGCAAUUGAAGAUUUUGCAGGUCCAGAAAUGAGAAGCUUUCUAUGGACUAUGUUUCAAAUGUUAAUUAAGUUUUGCUGUGUGUCAUGUGCCACUGUAAUUUGAAACUAGGUCAUGUAUUUCUUGACUGUUUGUGGAGAGAUGUGCAUAAUAAGUUCCUACCUAGUAACUUAACUGGUUGAAUUAGAUAUAUAAUUGAAGCCUGAUUUUUGUUCCCGUACAUCUGGUGAAAGUGGAUGCACCAUAUUCACAGUGUUGUAGGUACUGAUUCCAGAGCUUCAGAAUAUAUUGUGGUGAUUUUCUUUUCUC